AUGUCCUCUCUCUCCCCCCUGCUUUUCAUUAUCUGUGCAGAUGUACUCUCGAGAGCUCUGAGAUAUGCUGUGUCUAUGCAUGAGUUAGAGGUUUAUAGGCCAGUGGAGGGGGCUACUCCGAUCUCUCACAUGCUAUUCGCUGAUGAUUGCUUAUUGCUAGCCCGAUCGUCUCGACAGGCUGCAAGAGUCAUCAGUAGGAUCCUUCGGGACUAUUGUGCAGUGUCGGGUCAGAGUGUCAGUUUGUCAAAAUCAGCUAUCUGCUUCAGCCCGAAGACUACAUUGGCAGUGAAGAAUUCUAUCUUCGAGAUUUUGGGGGUAGGUGAGCAGGAUGGCACUUUGAGAUACUUGGGGAUUCCACUCUCAGGUCAGCGAUUACGCAGCAGAGACUGUUCCUCUCUGGAGCUUAGUAUCAGACAUAGAUUGGAGGGAUGGCAGAUGCAUACAUUAUCGAUGAUGGGGAGGAUUACAUUGGUUCGGUCAGUUGUUACUUCAAUCCCUACUUACUUUCUAUCUAACUCUUUCAUUCCAGUGAUAUUUCUGAGGACUCUUGAGCAGCUCUUUAGGUACUUCAUCUGGGGGAGGAGUAGGGGUAGAGUUGGGAUCCACUUAUUGGCAUUGGAGGUUGUGUAUCAGCCGACCAGAUUGGAAGGUUUGGGGGUGCAGUUAUUGGUGGUGAGGCGGGAGGUUCUAGCGGCACGGCAUGUAGCUAGAUUUAUGCUGGAGCCCGGCAGCAUGUGGUCCUCGUUGAUGAGGGCCAAGUAUGGUCCUCUAUUGCCUGGGAUACGGGCUGUCUAUCACCACUUACUGGUGUGGAGGGAGAUGUGUGCCAGAGCCAUGUUGGUGCUUCCAGAGAUCAGAUGGGCUAUCGGGGAUGGGCGAUCUAUCGAUGUUUUGGAGGAUAGCUGGGUGAUUGAGCAGCCGAUCAUGGUGGAUUCGGCGAGGUUGAGUGGAUACAGAGUCUGA